AUGCCCGCCCCCACUCUCCCCCCGCCCCCCGCAGCCUCGAGCGUACGCAGGAAGAUGAGCAUCCGCGAGCUCACCGCCAAGAUCCGAUCGAAGCUGUCCAUCCGGCGGAACAAGUCCCAUGGCAAUCAAGUCGUCUUCUCAGACCCCCUCCGCCUCCCCUACAUCCCCCCAGAGGUCUGGGGUCUCAUCAUCCAGCACACUUGCAUCUUCGUCCACGACCCCCUCGACACCUCCCAAGAGCUCUCCUUUCUCGAGUCUCCAUCCACCCAGCUCGCCACCUACCGCACCUCCAUGGCCACCAAGAGGAGCCUAUGUCACGUCUCCAAACAGUGGAACGCACUCACCCGACCGUUCCUAUACGAGUUCGUCUGGAUCAGCAGAGCCGCCCAAGCCAAGGCCCUCGCCCACACCCUCCUCAUGGAGCUCGUCGACAACUUCUCUUCCAGCGGCAACUACAUCCGGAGGCUGCACAUCGAGACUCCAGCCCUCGAAAGGUGCGCCCCCGCCGACCUCCGCACCAUCCUCGAUUACUCUCCCCAACUAUCCAUCUACUCCGACUACCACUCCGUCGCCCGGAACACCCUGGAAGACGCCCCCGACCCCCGCUGCAGCCCCGAGGAGAUCCUCAGGCUCGUCGCCCAUCCCAAGAUCCGCCGCCUCAGCUGGACGAGCUACGACGACGCCCCGUUCGAGCUCCGUAUGGCUCCACUCGUCCGAAACCUCACCACCCGUCUCGAGUACCUCGAGCUCUCCUCACGCUCCCCCCACCUCCACAGUCUCAACACUGCCCUUGGCGGCGGCACAGGCUCUUCAGGCAAGCCGCCAUCUUACCUCGAAAUGAACGUCCACCUGCCCUCGCUUCGUGCGCUCAAGGUGUCGCUCGACAACAACACCUUCGCCGUGCUCGCGUCCUGGGACAUGCCAGCGCUCACCAACCUCUCUGUCCUCUCCUCGGACUUCUCGUAUACCGGCGAGGGCUUUUCGGCCUUCUUCCAGUCCCACGGUCGCAAGCUCACCCAGCUCGAGCUCGGCCACUCGUCCUCGCUCAUCGAGGAGUACUACCUCACCACCCCCAGCACGUGCUUCAGAACCAGCAGCACCAGCCGCAGCCGUCCGGAUUGGAUCGCGCCUCACAUCCUCCUGCCCUCGCAUCCGCGGGUGGAGCUCAUCGGCAUCCGCGACAUCAACACGCGCCUCAUGGACGACCCCAUCGCGCCGCUGGACCCCGGAGGCGACGGCCCGUACCCGGUCUUUCCAGCGCAUGACUGGGAGCUCGACGCCAGCUUCGGUGCGGACGCGGACACGCCGUACUUCCUGCUGUCCGAGCAGAUCAGCUCCCUGCUCCGUUCGGCGUCGUUCCCCAACCUCCGCUUCGUCCGCGACCUCUCGGCCGACAGCCAUCACAUGCGAACCUUCAAGCCCCAACGGCGCGUGCUCCAGUUCUGGACGAAGGUCGUCGCGCAGUGCGCCGAGCGCGGCGUGUGGUUCGAGGACUGCACCGGCGUGAACAUCACCCAGGGCGCGCUGCGGAGGGCCGCGAUGACAUGCACGGAGGCGUGA